GCUUUGAGCUGGGGGUUGGAGACGAUAUACACGCGCGGGUUGCCGUUCUCGUAUUUGCGUGACUCGUGACUUGGUCUUACCCCAAUUUCCCAUGUCCAGUCCCGAGGCCUUGGGAGGGCUGGGGCGCAAGAUGAACAAGGAUUCUAUUCGGGGAAAAUCAUGCCGGCUUCCCGGGGCUGGCCUGGGCGUCCUUGACCAAGAUGAGGAUGAGAGGCGGGGGUCGCCGAUAUUCGGGGAAGUUGGAAACGGCGUCCCGAUCGGUCUAGCUGAGUCAAGUGUCAUAUACAACAACCCUUGCAAGGCAGGGCAGGGCACAAGUCACCAGCAUGUCGUGACUGACUGUCUGUUCAGUCGACUAAGUGGUGAGAGCGGGAUUUACAAGACGUGGGAAACGGUUUGCGGAAACCCCCAAUUGUGGCUGCGGGGAGGCAGACUGAGGAGCGAAUCACGAGUUUCCGAUGUCGCGACCUGGGGGUGGUUGAGAUCAGAGAAGUUGGAAAGCCGCAUGCGAGGUUUUACUCAUCCUGUCGCAGUUGAGUGAAUUGAAUCUAAAGCCACCACUGCCC